AAAACGGUGAAGCUCACUCAGACGCUUCAACUCUUCAACCAGCUGGCACAGUGGAGCAGACAUUUUCUGCUCAGUCUUUCUUUUUAGAGUUUGUUUUGGAUCAACUGCCAGGCUGGAGGGAGGGCUCGGGUCCAGUCUGCUGAGGAAGCUUUCCUCUUCCAGGAAGUCUCAUCAGCGGAACAACAGUCCUCAACCCCAAGAGGCCAAUGACAUGGGGGCGAAUGGAGACGACAGCGGGGCAGGUAGGCUGAGCCGCAGACUGUCUCGUCUAGGCAGCAGGCAUCAAUCCAGGGAUCAGAGACACCUGGCUCAGCAAGAAAGACCUCCUCCUCCUCCUGUUCAACAAGAUGACAGGCCAGCUCCACCAGCACUUGUUGUGCCUCCUGCUCCAGCUCCAGCUCCAGCACCAGUUUUUGUUCUCCCACCACCCAUGGAAAUACCACCUAAACGCCCCGACAAAUCAACAAAGCCCAAGCUUCCUCCCCGGCCCCUGUCCAAGGUGUUCAGUAGCACUGACCAUGGAGAGGAUGUGUUAAAGGGCUUUGAUAGUUUUCGGGGAGAUGAGACGCUCUGUGAUGUUGUCUUAGUUCCUGGAGAUAGCAAGGAAAAGUUUCCCGUCCACAGAGUCAUCAUGGCUUCAUCCAGCGACUACUUUAAAGCGAUGUUCACAGGAGGCAUGAGGGAGCAGGAGAUGAGAGAGAUCAAGCUCCAUGGGGUCACUAAGUUGGGCUUAAAGAACAUUAUAGACUUCAUUUACACAUCCAAAGUGAGCCUCGACAUGGGCAAUCUUCAGGACACACUGGAGGCCGCAAACUUCUUGCAGGUCAUGCCAGUCCUGCGGUUUUGCAAUCAGCUUCUGAGCAGUGAGAUCACUAUUGAUAACUGUGUGGAAGUUGAGCGCAUAGCCACAGACUUGCUUCUAGAGGACGUUCAGCAGAAUAUAGGUGAGUUUGUGAGUCAGAACCUCUCAGAGUUAGUGGAGUGUGGCCGCUACCUUGAGCUCUCCGAGACCAGCAUGGCCAACGCUCUUUCCAGCAAUUCGCUGAAAGGUUUCUCGGAACUGGAGCUCUAUCAUAUCGCAAGAGGAUGGCUGGACCACGAGCCUGCCAAACGCCGAACUUCAGUCUAUGCCUUGAUGCGGCACAUUCGCUUCCCACUGAUGAGCCCCAAUGAGCUGAUUCAGAUCUCUCAGGAUGAUGAAGAAGAACGCGACUCUCUGAUGCGCUCUGAGACAGCCUGUGUGAACCUCCUGCUGGAGGCCAGUAACUACCAGAUGAUGCCUUACAUGCAGCCAGCCCUGCAAACAGAGAGGACACAGAUACGGUCAGACGCAACUCAUAUUCUGGUCCUGGGUGGUGUAAUGCGACAACAGCUGGUGGUGAGCCGGGAGUUAAGGCUGUACGAUGAGAAGACCGGCCAUUGGAGGGCCCUGAAGCCCAUGGAGGUGCCACGCUAUCAGCAUGGUGUGGCUCUUCUAGGCGGCUUUCUCUUCAUUGUUGGAGGUCAGAGUACUUACGACACAAAGGGCAAGACAGCCAUAGACAGCGCCUACCGCUACGAUCCACGAUUUGACAAGUGGUUACAGAUUGCUUCACUCAAUGAGAAGAGGACUUUCUUCCAUCUCAGUGCCCUGAAUGGGAAGCUGUUUGCAGUGGGAGGAAGGAAUGCAUCGGGAGAAAUUGAUACGGUGGAGUGCUACAAUCUGAAGAAAAAUGAGUGGACCUUUGUGAACAGUAUGGUGGAGCCCCACUAUGGACAUGCUGGAACAGUCCAUGAAGGCCUCAUGUACAUUUCAGGCGGCAUCACCCGUGACACCUUCCAGAAGGAGCUUUGGUGUUACGACCCGGUCGCUGACACGUGGAGUCGACGGGCCGACAUGACGGAGCUCCGUGGCCUCCACUGCAUGUGCACUGUGGAAGACAGACUCUAUGUCAUGGGCGGAAAUCAUUUCCGAGGCUGCAGCGACUAUGACGACGUCCUGGGCUGUGAAUACUACAGCCCUGACACAGACCAGUGGACGGUGGUGUCACCAAUGCCUCGGGGCCAGAGCGACGUAGGUGUGACUGUGUUCAAUGGGCAGAUCUACGUGGUGGGAGGAUAUUCCUGGAACAGCAGAUGCAUGGUCGACAUCGUGCAGCGAUAUGACCCAGACAAGGACGUGUGGGACAGGGUGUUCAACGUGCUGGAGCCUCUGGGGGGGAUCCGUGCCUGCACAAUGACAGUUCAUCUGCCAGAGGGGUCAGUAGAUGAGGCUCAGAUACAAGAUUGCCCACUUCCCACAGCUAAGAGCUCAUAGCCACAGACGAGGGGGUUUCCGGCUGUUGCUGCUGUGAGACCACAAAUCACAUGAUGAAAUUUACCUGCACGCUGUGGUGAAAAGAAGGCAAAACAGGAAGUAGUGUGGGUUGCAAACACAAGUUGCAUGUGCAAGCAAAGCAGGCUAGCUUACAUUAGCAUUCGGUAGUUUGAAUACUUUACUCAUACUUACAAACACUGUGCUGUUGUUAGUAUCGUUUCCUGUCCUUUCAUUCACUGCCAGCCAUGUGGCACCCCAGCUAAUCUGAUGAAUAUGCAUAAUGUACAUAAUGCCUAAACGAAAGCUCAAACCCACCUUCCUGAUCAGUUUGACUGGACAUUGAUUCACUGGACACUGAAGGCAAGCAAGUCAGAAUUAGAGGCAAAAUCAUCUAUUCAUAUAGAUUACACUGAAAAAUUGUAUUAAGACAGAAAAUCGACAUUAUUUCAAAUGCUAUUUUUGUAUAGUUUGUAAUUUUGUAGGCUUUUUUUGUGUAUUUAUUUUUUUCCAUCUCUAAACCAAAAGGAAUUAGCUGAAUCAUGACGCAUGAUGGAUUAGGUGAUUAAAACACCACAGGGUUUUGGGCAAACAUUGGAAAAUAAAGACGUUUUUAUGGCACAGAGUCAUAAGAUUUCAGCUAGACUGUAGCUACAAAGAUAAAAUUUUGGGUGUGGAACUUCCUAUUAAUCAAGCCUGUAUCCAACACAGACAGUCAUGCUUUCACGAGGUUCGUUUCUGCUUAUAAAACACUUUUAAACACAAUGUAAUGAGCAAAGAUGUCUGUUAAUGCUUUCCAUUAAAUUUAAGCAAAAAACCUAAAAAGACAUGGAAAAGUCAUUGCAGUUCACAUUUCAUAUGUGUCUGAUGUGCAUUGUUUAAACAUCAAAUAAAAGGUUUAUCUUCA